GCUGCAGUGGAUGUUGGCCCCUCUCCUCCUCCUCCUCCUCCUCCUCCUCCUGCCUGAGCUCGGCUGCAACGCCCAACCCACUUACCGAUGGAAGGAUGCGGUGACUAACGAGAAGCUCACGUGCCAGCAGUGCCCGCCGGGGACCUUCGUGGCACAACACUGCACCAGGGCCAGGCAGACGCUGUGCCAGCCCUGCCCGGAUUUGCACUACACGCAGUACUGGAACUACCUGGAGAAGUGCCGGUACUGUAACGUCAUCUGCGGGGAGAAGCAGGUGGAGGUGCAGCAGUGCAAUUCCACCCACAACCGCGUCUGUCAGUGCCAGGAGGGCUACUACUCCGAGAUGGAGUUCUGCAUCAGGCACUCCGAGUGUCCGCCGGGCUCCGGCGUAGAGAAACCGGGUACCCCCUUCGAGAACACCCAGUGCCGCCCCUGCCCGCGUGGCUUCUUCUCCUCCUCCAACUCCAGCACCAAGCCGUGCCAGCCGCACCAGGACUGCGAGCAGCAGGGGAAGGUGACCAACGUGCAGGGCAACCAGUACCACGACACCCUCUGCACCUCCUGCAGACUGGGGGGGACCAACAGCACACAGGCACCAGCUCUAGGAGACGACGACUGUGAACAAGCCAUGAUCGACUUCGUGGCGUAUCAGAACAUCCCCAUCCGAAAGCUGAAGCGCCUGCAGCAGAUCCUGGAGCGCUCGCCGAGGAAGCAGGCGCUGGGGACCAGGGCGGCCGUCCAGGAGAAGUUCAGGACUUUCCUCACCCAACUCAAAGAGGGGCACUACGAGGUCACCAAGGAGCUGCUGGACGCUCUGCGAGCUGCCAAGCUGCACUCCAUCGAGGAGAAGGUCCGCGAGCGCUUCCUCCUGGACUGAGAGCACGAACUGAACUUUUCGGGUGGUUUUGAUUGUUCGUUUGUUUUGUUCCUUUUUUUUUUUUUCUUCUGUGGCUUCAUUAAUUUAUUAAUCUUUCCAAACCUAACUUGAAACGCAGCCUUAGAGAGGAGCGAUGGGUCAAAGUGCUGUGGCAGCUGCGGUGGGUCCUGCUCUGCGGGCGGAGGGAUCACUGGCCGCUGAUUUUCCAGCACUCAGCGAAGGUCAAUAUUUUAUCAGAAGAUAAACAUGUGGCCAGGGUCCUUUCUUCUGGGGAAGAACCCAGCUCCCCCUUUUUUAGAAAACUGUCUGGCUUUGUUUACAGCUGUGUGCGUUUGGUUUUGUCGGGGGUUUUGGUUUUUUUUUUAGUUUUUUUAACAGUAUUUCCCGCAGAGGAUUCACUUGCGUUGGUUUGUCACGCUCUGUUUGGAGAAGGGAGUUUACUGCUGAGACACACGUUGGGUGUAGGGCGCCUCUGAAGUCACUGGUACAGCCAGCUUUAAAUUUAUUUCUAAACUAUCUGUUUUUAUACCAUGUGCGAGAGAUGUUUUCUAAAGAAAGAAACAAAAGAAGUUAUUUUAUUAUACG